AUGCGGUACUCCGGCCUCUAUUUAGCCAGACACAAUUCAGUUGUCGCAAGGAUUAGGAAUGCAGCGGCUAACAAGAGCGAAGUCUUAGCCAAAAACAAGGUCUGUGGCAGCAACGGCCUUCGUCCCGACUUGGUAAUCAGAAAAAAUAACAGGGUUUUCAUAAUAGAUGUAACCAUUCCUUUUGAUAACUGCAUUGCCGUUCUCGAUUCCGCCGCCAGAGAAAGGACGGAGCGUUAUAAAGCCCUUAGUGAGGAGCUCUCCAGCAUCCAUGGAUCUGACUCAGAAGUAGUAAAAUUCGUCGUGGGUGCACUGGGCUCUUGGUACCCCAAAAAUGAUGAACUGAUCAGGAACAUCUGCAGCCCCAGAUACGCGGACAAUAGGGUGGCCCUUAGUAAUAGAUGA